CUUCAGCUGGCAAUAGGAAGCGCCUGCAAAAUGGCCGUGCAGAUCAGCAAGAAGCGGAAGUUUGUGCAAGACGGCGUCUUCUACGCCGAGCUCAAUGAGCUCCUUACCCGGGAGCUCGCUGAGGACGGUUACAGCGGCGUGGAGGUCCGUGUGACUCCCAUGCGCACGGAGAUUAUUAUCAGGGCCACUCGCACGCAGAACGUCCUGGGCGAGAAGGGCCGCCGCAUUCGCGAGCUGACCUCGGUUGUCCAGAAGCGCUUCAACUUCCCUGCUGACAGUGUGGAGCUGUAUGCUGAGAAGGUCAGCGACCGCGGCCUGUGCGCUAUUGCCCAGGCUGAGUCGCUGCGCUACAAGCUGCUGGGCGGCCUGGCGGUUCGCAGGGCCUGCUACGGUGUGCUGCGCUUCGUGAUGGAGAGCGGCGCCAAGGGCUGCGAGGUGAUUGUGUCGGGCAAGCUCCGCGCCGCCCGCGCCAAGAGCAUGAAGUUCAAGGACGGCUACAUGGUCAGCAGCGGCAACCCCGCCAAGGUCUACAUUGACGGCGCCGUGCGCCACGUGCUGCUGCGCCAGGGCGUGCUGGGCAUCAAGGUCAAGAUCAUGAAGGAGUGGGACCCGACGGGCAAGCGCGGCCCCCGCACCCCGCUGCCCGAUGUGGUCAAGGUGCUCGAGCCCAAGGAGGAGGAGAUCUUCCAGGAGAAGCCGCACGUCGGCAAGGAGGCGGAGCUGUGAGCAGCUGCAGCCGCUGGAGUCGUGAUGCUGAUGUAACCGUUGCCGUACCCUGC